ACUGGGAUGUUUAUAGACUGCCUCUUGGCGAGAAAUGUAAAUAAUAUGUACGGCUAUGAUGCUUAGGUUAGCAACAUACAGGAAAGAGUUACUACGAACUGGCCACAAUAUAAUCAUGAGUUCCUCUGCCCACACCUUCGUCAUGGAUGAUUUUGCCAUGCGCCAAUUUGAUGACCCCAACUAUACCGGUACACGAAUCAAAUUCGAUCCAUCUGAGUUUGAAGCCAAGGUGAAUGAAUUUUACACAUCUGGUGAAGCAACACUUAAGGAUGGGUAUGCACCGUUUUGCAAGCACUUGUUUAUACCAAAUUUCUGCGGGGUCAAGUGUGGAUACGCACGAAUUACAGCCGAUAACCGGAGCCUGCUCCAGACAGAGUAUGAGGCUCGUAGUGAAAAGGAGCUUCCAGUGCUAGUCCGGUUUUUCAAAACCGAGGAUGUGACCGCGCCAGACGCAACGCACCUGGACAUUAUACUUUACAGUAAAGAGCAGAUCAUCAAGGAGAACGAGGCCAUGGGCAAUCCCGGUAAGAUUAUGAGCGCGCCCUGGGGCAUUAUAUCCGUGAAGGGUCAGACGAAAGAUUACGAACUGCCUAUGCAGCCUAUAACGAUGCUCAGGAAUGCACUUGGACGCGACGAGGGUGGUAGCGGCGUGAAGCUUGAACGUGAGAAAUAUUCAGAGUCGGUCAACUUCUGGAAGGAACAUGCAUCCUUCAAAUGAGUAUAAAACUUAAUACAGUCCAAUGCCAUAUCACAGGAAACCUGUAACACAUCAAAAAAAAAAUUAUACUAACUUUACAG